AGCAUACCUAGGCUUGAAGGAGCAGCUCCACCAGCAUCUUUUAACCUUUGCCUUUCAAGCACCGUUUAUCUUUUCCAUCUAUAAAAUUGAAAACAGUACAGGAUGGUCCGUCCUUCGCUCGACACCCUCAAGGCCCCCACCAUUAAGUUCCUUUGUAGCUACGGCGGCAAAAUACUUCCCCGCUAUUCCGACGGCAAACUCCGUUAUGUCGGUGGCAAAACCCGUGUUCUCGCCUUCGACCGCUCCAUCUCUUUCUCCGAGCUGUUGAUGAAGCUCGGGGACAUGUGUGCCACUUUGGUAAGCCUUCGUUGCCAAUUGCCCACUGAGGACCUUGACGCUCUGGUAACGAUCACCUCCGAUGAGGAUCUCGCAAAUCUCAUCGAGGAAUACGACCUAGCGGCGUCGCCACCGUCGUCUUUGAAGAUCAGAGCAGUCCUGUCGCCACCUAAAACUGCCAAAAAAACCAGUUCUCCUCGUCCUUCACCAUCGCCGUCGGCUUCCUCUUUAUCGAAAUCUUCGUCUUCAUCCACUUCGUCAUCUCACAGUCCCACCGGUUCCACUCAGAGGUUUUCGGUGCUGGUUGCCGAUACAUGUUUCCGCCAGAUGUCGCCACCGAUGGCGUAUCAGAGAUCUGCCCCGAAAAUUCAUCCUCACUGUGCUUACCAUGCUCAUGAUGGAAACCCAAGACAGAACUAUCUCGUCCACAGCGGGAAUUAUUGGCAAGAGCCCUAAACCAAUGGCACAAAAACACUUCCUUGCAAAGGCUAAGCAAAUCUAUAAUGGAGAAAAAAAAAAUUAACUACUCCAAAUAGAAAGACGAACCCAAAACGAUCCCGAGUUUCAUCUCUACAUACAUAUACAUAUAUAUAUAUUUGUGUUAUGUAAUGGGACUGUAAAAACACGAGAAGGAUUGCUUUUUGAAUCCGUCGCCAUUAAUGAAUUUCAGUCCAAUUUCGUUAUGCAUCCAGGAGGAAAAUGUAGUGAUGACUGGUGAGUUACGUUCGUUUGGUUCUGUUUUGGAUUCCAAAUCAGUUAUUGUUUGCAUAAACAGCUUCAUCCAUUGGCCGGCCAUUCCCCAUUAUCCGCUGUUACUUUCGCCGUCGUCUAUUGGCUUUCGUAACCGUAAUCGUAAACUCAGGGUGCCAUGUGUUUCAGUUACCGAAGGAACAUGUGGAGCGACUCGAGAGGGAAGACGAUUGCCCAGAUAGGAACCCCUUCAAAGAUUGGGAAAACAUUUGCUUCAGGUCACUUAAAGGACCACCAUUCGGCAUUCGUGGCAUAAUUGCCUUGGCUGCAAUAAAAUUGUGGCUCUUAUUUCAAUUUGUAUACUUAUCGUGAUUCAUUUCAAUUCAUUCCAGAUUUUAUCAAAAUAAAUAUAUAAAUUUUUAUGAUUUAA